CUUCUCUCCUCAUGAUUUUACGUAUGGCAAAACCGUUACGGAAUAGCCUUUUGAGAAGUCUUUUAGACGCGUGUGCGUUAUUUUGGAAUAUUCAAUAACUUUUUGACCCUUUCCCCCGCGAUCUCCGUAACGUCUCUCGAAUAUCGGCCUGACGAGAUUGAGCGUGUUCUUUGAGCUUUUUAAGGAAAAAACUUUUGCGUAACAACCGCAAUUAUAUGCAUAUAAAAACAUCAAAACAAGAUCACAGACACAGACUCUAACAGCUCACUUGGAAGGAUACAUCAAGGAAACAAGAGAUCGAGAAAAUGAAGAACAUUAAUUUCCGGAAAAGAAUCUUGAUUGUUGCGUUUCUGCUUGGAAAUUAUUUGGCAGAGGAAGUUGAUACAGCAUUGGAACGCUUGAAAAAAACCAAGGAACCUCAAAAAGCCUUGAUGUUUCUCAGCUCAGAGCGAUCAAUCAGCAACUUUGGUGACAACAAGACCACCACAGUUUCCGAAAUGAAGACAAGGAGCAACGGUUACAUGAAAAAUUUCUCUUCUACAGUGUCCCUCGAUGACCCCGAAGAAGAUCUCACCGAUUUGAGUUACCAAACGAUAUGGCGCAAUGGUUCAGUAACAUUUACAAAUAUUUCUGUUGGCGAUUUUAAAAAUUUCAACUCAGCUGACGGAUCUAAAGCUCAAAACGUGAUAGAAGAUGACUCAUUAGUUGGUGAGCCCGAACUUUUGUCCUCGUCCAUGGAGGAAAGUUACCAGACCCCUUUUUCCAGAGUUUCGCGAACUUUGGAGCAUCGCCGCUUGAAGAGAAUUAUUUUUGGGCGUGACGGUCGCAUCAGAUUAAACACCUCUACCCUUGCACAAAAAUUUCCUUUUUCGCCGUAUGUCAAGAUUUCAGCAGGUUCUUUCGAAUGUUCAGGAUCUCUGAUUUCUUCGUUUCACGUUCUGACGUCAGCGCACUGCGUUCACGAUGGUCAGCGGCCGCUGACAGACACAACCAAUCUGAGAGUUGGAGUUCUGCGACGCAAUGGCAAAUUCCGAUGGAUUCGUGUGAUUAAAGUCAAUUAUCCGGAAAGCUGGCUCCGUAAUUCCGAUUCAUCGAACUUUGACUAUGCAGUGAUUAAGCUAAUUAAACCUCACAAACGACCUUUUUUCAAGCUCGGAGUAAUGAACGGAGCUGGUCAACUUUACAAGAUUCACUUUGCAAGUUUUCCCGGUGACAAGAAAGCAAAUACAAUGUGGUAUAGUCAUUGUAACUCGCGAGCGAAUGCCAAUUUGCUGAUUUGUAGAUGUGAUGCUGCCAAAGGAAGUUCGGGGGCUGGGACUUAUGUUAGAACUAAGCUGAAGGCGUCUGGGAAAGACCGUGUGAUAGUAGGUGUUCUUUCGGGGUCUGGAAUCGUCAAGCUACCCGACGGGCAGAAGAAGCACUUUAAUUUUGUUACCAAGCUAACAAUCUUAAAAGCGAGGCAGAUAUGUGGCUGGAUAGGACAUGGCUCAAACUGCGUCACCUGGAAUUCGUACGACGCUUCUAACCAAGCACGACUUCGAUCAGAUCGGUAGAGAAAUGCAACUUCGCUGUCUUGGUUCACAGGAUCUCUCUUCUUCUCACCGGACUUGGCAAAGGAGAGGCUCUGGAAAUGCGCCGGAGUCUGAGACUUCGUCAGAACAUUCCUACAGGCUUAGUAGGCAUGCGCAAAUGCCUCGAUAAACACUAUGAGACAUUCUUGUUCUGCUAGCGUUGUCUCCAGUUCCUCUACCACUGGUUGCGAAAAAAAUUGAAGAGUACCCAAAAUAAACUAAGGCAUUAAGAUAAGAGUCGGCUUCAUAAUAAGAAUUAUUAAGACAAUUUUUUUUAAAAUUUAUCCGUAGAUGUAGGGAAUAAGAUAGAUAUCUUCAACAUCAUGGAGAUGUGCGUUUUCAAUAAUUUUA